UUGCUACAGCUGCGGGUUGAGUGUGUCACUCAUAUGUGUGUACAGUGAGUUGAGUAAUGAACGCUAGAGCGGCUGUCUGUCUGAGCACCUCAUCAGUGAACGCUGAGAGCGUCUUCUGCUACCUCUAGACUCAGGGCUGGAAUAUGCAGACAGCGUCUCCAACAGCGGAGUCAUGAUCUACUGUCUUCCCCCGGACUCAUCUUCCGCUCCGAGACGAACAUAAAACAACAUUUUAAACCAUCGCAUACUGAACCACCGGCUUUACUUCGGGGAAUCGGAAUUGGACACUUAACAGCCGGAGAAGGAUCUAGCGCAUUGGCGGCUGCGGCGGCGGACACUUCGGGUGAUGUCGACUGGCCGUCACUCUUGACAUCGGCCUCCCCUCGCAGACACGCAGCGGAAUGGGAUCAAUGUGCGUGCAGUGAGGAGACGUCGGAAUGCACUUGUUUGGACUUUCAUCCCAGUGAGCCGUCUGUUUGCAGUGUACGUCUCACUGACAGACAGACACAACAUACUGCUGCAAUCCAACCCCCUAUAUUUCUUCUCCAUCACCGACCAAUCAAAUGCACUCAGAAAAUAAACUAUCCAAUCAUGGCAAGCAAGUGACUAGCGGGGCCCAAUCCCAGCUCUCUAAUGUAAACCAAACGCAGCAGCAAGGAUCUGCUGGAAACCAGGGGCCAAAGGGCAAUGGAUCAGGGAACCAUGGUGUCAAAUCCAACCAGAUUUCUCCUGGCAACCCUGGACUGAAGAGUCUCAGCCAAUCAGGCGGUGGCAUUGGAAUGAUGAAAACCAAGAACAAGAGGGAAAGAAGCGUCUCCAUGGACACAGGAGACCAAAGAGAAUCGCUGACACCUGUUUUGGAUCCGGAUGCCAAAGUAGAGGGUGUGAUGCGCAGCAAACGGCGGUGUGUGUUGGAGAGAAAGCAGCCGUACAGUGGAGAUGAAUGGUGCUCGGGGGCUGAAACUGAGGAAGAGGAUGAAAAACCCCUUUCUGGCACACACCGAGAGCAUGUGAUUUGUCCUGGUCAGGCCCACUCUGGUUCAACCGCCACGGGCCCUGUUAGUGAUCCGGGAGGUCAAGGUUCAGGUUCAGGCCAUGGACCCGGUAUUCGCACAGAUCUGCAUCCUCGGCCCUCUCAGCAAGUAGUGUAUGUGUUCACUACCAGCCUAGCCAACAGUGCUGCAGAGGCAGUGAUGCAUGGCCACACAGACUCCAUUCUCUUGUAUCACCAGCAGAAUGUCCCCCACACUAAGCUGGACCAGUCUACUGGUGUUGGAAAACUCUCCAACUUAACAGAGCAGAUCAGUUCUAGUCACACUCCACCCAUUGGAACACCCAAAUCCCAAAGUGGUACACCUCGGCCAGCUUCCGCUGGUGGAGUUAUAGGAGGACACCUUCCUGGCACCAGUACUCUUUCCUCCACUGGCCAUCCAGAUGGUGAGCCAACUCAACCCCACCAGGGAGGAACAUCAAGCAGCAACAGCCGCUCUACAGCGCAUUCACUGGGUCCAGGAAUUUCAGGUCCACAGUCUGUUGGAGCUUCGGGAUCAGAUGGAAUGGACAGGCCAAGUACCGUUUCCCACCAUGGUGCAGGUGGGUCUCCUUCCUCUAGCCCCUCUGCGCUAUCAGCACACAGUGAGUGUGAACCAGGCCAGCGUGGGGGGGGAGGAAAUAAAGAUGGCCUGUCUAAGGAGCAACUGGAGCAUCGGGAACGCUCUCUGCAGACUCUUCGAGACAUUGAGAGAUUGCUUCUCCGUAGUGGGGCUGGUGCUGGCCAUGAGGAACUAAGAGGUUCUAAUGGCAAUCCUAAUGCCACUAAUGUCAAUAACAAUAAUAGUAAUGAUGGAGGUAGGGGUUUGGAAGAUGGUGAGAAUGGUGGGGGAAAUGCUGGCAACUGCCAUAGCAACAAUGCUGGAAUACCUGGCAUGCCCCCUGUAGGUGGAAUGAAAAAGUAUGAGGAGCCAUUACAGUCCAUCAUCUCACAGACACAGAAUCUUGUUGGGCCCAGUUUAGAGGAAUCUCUGAUGGGCACACACCAUGGUAUGCCACCACACCCUCAUCACCUCUCCUCACCUUCAGGGUUGGACAUGGGAACCCUAAUGGGGCCUGAAGGUGUAACACCAGAGCAGCUGGCUUGGAGGAAGUUGCAGGAGGAGUACUACCAGGAGAAAAGGCGACAACAAGAAAUGAAUCCACACCAACAUCCCCAGCAUUUCCGUAUGAUGUCAGAAAUGGGAAUGCCUGGGGGGCCGCCAAUGCUAAUGAGGGGACCCCCACCACCAUAUCACAGUAAACCUGGUGAUCAACAGUGGGGGCAAGGUCCAAUGGUAGGGGGAGGCAUAGGAGGUAAUGGACGAAUAAUAGACAUGCAUCAGGAGGGGCCUCGAGGACCAAGGUUUCUUGGACAGAUGCGAGGCCCAUCAGGUGGUGGAAGCUACCCAGAAAGCCCUGGGGGAGUUUUAGCAAUGGAAGGGUUGGGGCCUCAAAGACCUCCAAGGCCAGGCAUGGGUUGGUUGGAUGAAAUGCCCCCAAACAUGGGUGGUGGAGGCCCAUUUCAUGGGUGCUACACCCCUGGGGGGCCUGGUGGACCCCCUCAGCACUUUACAGGUGAUUUGGAUCGCCCUUUAACACGAGAGGAGAUGUUCCGUAGAAUCCAUAGAUUAGACUUGCAGCAAAUAUCCAGACACCAGCAACAGGCAGGGCUUGGAGGUCCAAGGUUGAUGGAUAACACUGGAGGACCAGGCUUCCAUAAUCCUGGCAUGGGAGGAGGCCCACCCUCUCGUGGCGAUCCAGUGGACUUUCCCGGUUCUCGGGCUAUGAUGGGCUCUCCUCUUGGAGGAGCAUGCAGUGAUGGUGGCCCUACAAUGAGAGACAUUGUUGACUCACCUUUGGGGGGUAACCUAAACAUGAAUAUGGGCAUGAAUAUGAAUCCACAACAGCAGCAGUUGUUGGCUCAGAAGCUGAGAGGAGGUCCUGGACUUGGUGGCACUAUUGGGGAGUUUUUGAGCCCGGAAGACAUCUCCCGUAUCAGGGCUUUUCACAAUGGUCGGGGUGGUGCUAACAAAGGAAUGAUCCCUGGCCCAGAUGGACCUCUUCAGUUCCCCAACCAGAGCUCCUUUCCUGGUAGUCAAGGUGAUGUGUUAUAUAUGCAGCAGCCAGGCCCUGAGAUAUUUGUAGCAGACCAAUCAGGUCCUCCCCACAUGAGCAGCACCUCAAGGCUUAGUCACAUUCCCGUGAACACUGGUUCAAGGGGUACAGAACUUGGCACCCGACAUCCUCCUGACCUGUCCAUUAGUGUUAACCCAAUGGGAUCCCAAGCAGUACCUCAAUCUCACCAGCUCAAAUCCCCCUCUCUUAGCCAGGAGCCAUCUCCCCUCAUGCCUUCACCCUCUGCAGCAGGCCUUAAAUCACCCAGCCAGUUAUCACAGAGUGGCCCUCACCCUCCUCUACCAGCAGCCUCUGGGGCUGGAACUCCCUCCUCUACCUCUAUCAAGUCCCCCCAGGUCAUUGGCCAUUCCCUUGGUCUUCGCUCACCAUCUGACUCUCCUGGACACCUGAAGUCUCCAACCAUGCCUGUUGCUUCACCUGGCUGGACUGCCUCACCCAAAACUGCUAUUCCCAGCCCUGGGGGACCACCUAGUGUCAAAGUCGCAGGGAAUGGGGGGAGCAGCUCCACUGAUACAGGUAUGUCCCUGCCACCUAGGAGUUCAAACUCAACACCCAUCAGCCAGCCUCCCAACUCUAUCAAUCCUAGCAUGCCUUUCACAUCCUCACCAGAUGCCCCACCAUCCCAAAAUCCUUUAUCCCUUAUAAUGUCUCAGAUGUCAAAAUAUGCUAUGCCCAGCUCCACUCCACUCUACCAUGAUGCAAUUAAGACAAUCGCCACAUCAGAUGAUGAGAUGCUACCAGAUAGACCCCUUCUACCUGGACUCAACAUGUCAGUGGGAAACAUGGGAAAUCACCAGUCUACACAGAUGCUCCUCUCCUCCCAGGGUUCAAUGGCACUUCACAGUGGUCCACAAAGUCCCAUGGGAAUGGUACUGCAAGGAGGUCAGCAGCUAUCCCAUGAUCCCUCUGGGCCCAUGCUCCCAUCCCCUAAUCCUAUGGGCAUGCCAGGAAUGACAUCAACAAUAAUGGGAGGCGGAGGGGGACCUCCUGAUGGAAUAGGACCCUGUAACGUUUCUCCAGUUCAUCCCCAAAACCAGAUGGGGGGAUUUCCUCGCAUGCAGGGGCCUCUUCACUCCCCUAUUGGUGGUAUGGGGCAACAGUAUCCCCAGCGUCCUGAUGAGGUCCUACCACCUCAGCAGAUGCAUCUUCUAAGUAAAGGCAUGUCUCACCAGCAGCCUCCUCAUCAACCAGACUCUUUUCCAUCCAUGCCCAUGGGUGAUGGUCCAGACCUGAGUGAGGUCAUCAGGCCUACACAUACAGGCAUUCCUGAGUUCGACCUUUCACGUAUCAUUCCUGCAGACAAGCCCAGCAGUACCCUACAGUACUUCCCCAAGAGUGAGGCCAUGUCCCAGUCACAGCACAAUCCUCACCAGGGCCAACCGCCUCAACAGGCUUCUUCUGCUCAACUUCUCAAGCAGCUUUCCUCAUCUGGACCUCCCCAUAGCAACGUCCCCUCAUCCAACCCCCAUAUUGCUAACCUUCAGAACAUGAUGGCCGAACAGCAGCUGUCCUUGCACCCCUCACACACACACUGUGGUAUGCGCCCAGGUAUGGACAUGCCUCAGAUUGGCACUAGGGGCAUGGGUUCAGGUGGUGGGAUGGGGCCCAUAUGCCACCCAGGGCACAUGAUUGGCAGGACAGGCAUGUCUCCACAACAGCAGCUCCAGCAACAACACCACCAUCAGCAGCAGCAGGCCAUGAUGGCCAAUAACCUCUUACAACACCCAUCCCACCCUCCCCGUAGUAUGCUGUCUCCACAGCAGCACCCUCAUAAUCUUAUGGCCCAGCAGAAUCUUAUGAUGAUGCAGGCUAAGCAGCGGGGCAUGACCCUCCCUGGGGAGCACUUUGGCCAGCAGGGGCCCCUCAUGUCCCCUCAGGGGCCUAUGAUGGGACCUCCACAUUCCCAGUCAGGCAUGAUGGGCCCUCAAAAUCUAAGACAAAGGAGCAUGUCACUGGACAGCCCAUUGGGCUACGGGCCUGGAAGUAUGGCCAACAUGCCCUUUUAAUGGGACUUCUCUGUAAAACUGUAAAAACCUUUUUUCUUGUUGGUUAUUUCUUUUGGACAAGAUUUUAUUGCCAUUGAUAAACUGUGGCAAUCAAAUGCUACAAAAACUUUGGUUUUAAUAAUAAUUUCAUGAUGCUGAAGGGAACUUUGGCAGGAAAAGCUAAUUGUAGAGGGUUGUCAUUACAGUUUAGUACAAUCUGAAGCAAUUUUUUAAUAUAUUUGUAAAAUAUGUAUAUUUCAGAUCAGUGUGUUUGAUUGCUAAGGUGAAAGGAGAAAAGCCUAUGGGUUUCUAUGUUCUAAUUAUAUUCUGGCUACCAAACUGUUGUGCAAGGUAUAUAAAUAUCUAUAUAUACAUAUAAAAUAUAUAUAUAGUUGCUGUAAAUAAGAUGCAAUUUGUGCUUGUUUGCAACUGUUCUGUAUACUGUGUUUUAUUAGAAAUCUAUAACGUAAGAAAAAAAUUCUGCUCA